CGUUAUUAGCACCUGCGCCUCAGCUUAUCUGGGGUUGCUGGGUAAAGAAGCUAGCCUUCACCGGACAGGUAACCUUAACUAGUCGACUCAGCCUUAGUUCUUGUUUUCCCCCCCUAUCUUUCUUUUUCUAGAAGGCGGUUCCAGAGCUAAAAUUAUGUCAUUAAAUAACGUUCAUUGCGGAAAACAGAAAUAUGGAUCUAUUAACAAGCUAAACACAGCUAUCCUAUCGUGAUGUUCUCCUGGCUCACUUUUACAGCGUGCCUGUUUGCGGUGCUCGGCUUGUUUUUCUGGUCCCGCAAGCGCCUGCCGAGAGUGUUUGGAGCCUGCUCCUGUCGCCCGACCAUGGCACAACAGGACGGUGCUGCCAAGAAGAUUCCGGCUGUUGCAGAAUUGCACUCUCGCUUCAUUGUGGGAUCUGUGUCAGAGGAGAACUCAGAGGAUGAAAACCAAGGAAAGGUGGACAUGCAGCUGGACGAGAAGGAGACUCGCUCCUUGUCUCCAUCUUCCGGGAGUUCGGACAGCACCUAUGAAAUGGGCUUCGACCACAUCGAUGGUCCCAUGCACAAUUUAAGAUCAAGCAUGUCAGGCCUGCACCUGGUGAAACAAGGACGAGAUCGCAGGCGUAUUGACCUCCAGAGGGACUUCACUGUUGCUUCUCCUGCUGAAUUUGUCACACGCUUUGGUGGUAACAGGGUCAUUGAAAAGGUGCUCAUUGCAAACAAUGGCAUUGCAGCAGUGAAAUGCAUGCGCUCCAUCCGCCGCUGGGCCUAUGAAAUGUUUCGCAAUGAAAGGGCAAUCCGUUUUGUCGUCAUGGUGACCCCAGAAGACCUGAAGGCCAAUGCAGAGUACAUCAAGAUGGCAGAUCAUUAUGUGCCUGUACCUGGGGGGACUAAUAACAACAACUAUGCCAAUGUUGAGCUCAUUCUAGACAUUGCUAAACGCAUACCAGUUCAGGCAGUGUGGGCUGGAUGGGGGCAUGCCUCAGAAAACCCCAAACUCCCAGAGCUCCUUCAAAAGCAUGGCAUUGCUUUCAUGGGUCCACCAAGUCAGGCUAUGUGGGCGCUUGGAGAUAAGAUUGCUUCCUCCAUCGUGGCUCAGACAGCUGGAAUUCCAACACUGCCCUGGAGCGGAACAGGUCUGACAGUGGACUGGCCAGAGAAUAACCAAAAGAAGAAGGUUGUCAACGUUCCUCUCGACUUGUAUGAGCUCGGCUGCGUCCAGGAUGUAGAGCAUGGCAUGAAAGCUGCAGAGAAAAUUGGCUACCCUAUAAUGGUGAAGGCCUCUGAAGGUGGUGGAGGAAAAGGGAUCCGUAAAGUCAACUCUGCUGAUGACUUCCCUAACCUGUUCAGACAGGUCCAGGCAGAAGUCCCAGGAUCGCCCAUUUUUGUCAUGCAGCUGGCCAAGCAUGCCCGUCACUUGGAGGUUCAGAUUUUGGCUGAUCAGUAUGGCAAUGCCAUUUCCCUGUUUGGCAGAGACUGUUCUGUGCAGCGACGACACCAGAAAAUUAUAGAAGAGGCUCCUGCUACCAUCGCCACUUCUGAUGUGUUUGAGGAUAUGGAAAGGUGUGCAGUGAAGCUGGCUAAGAUGGUGGGUUAUGUAAGUGCUGGUACAGUUGAGUACCUCUACAGCCAGGAUGGCAGCUUCUAUUUCCUGGAGCUCAACCCUCGUCUACAGGUGGAACACCCGUGCACUGAGAUGGUGGCUGAUGUCAACUUGCCUGCUGCCCAGCUGCAGAUUGCUAUGGGUAUUCCUCUUCAUCGGAUCAAAGACAUUAGAAUGCUUUAUGGCGUUCAGCCCUGGGGGGAUUCUCCCAUUGAUUUUGAGGCUCUGUCAACUGCCCCUUCCCCACGGGGCCAUGUCAUUGCUGCUCGUAUCACCAGUGAGAACCCAGAUGAGGGUUUCAAACCAAGCUCUGGAACAGUGCAAGAGCUGAAUUUCCGCAGCAAUAAGAAUGUGUGGGGCUACUUCAGCGUUGCAGCAGCUGGAGGGCUGCAUGAGUUUGCCGACUCCCAGUUUGGGCACUGCUUCUCAUGGGGAGAGAAUCGUGAAGAAGCCAUCUCAAACAUGGUGGUUGCGCUUAAGGAGCUGUCUAUCAGGGGUGACUUCAGGACAACAGUGGAAUACCUCAUUAAGCUGCUGGAGACAGAAAGCUUCCAGCACAAUAGUAUUGACACAGGCUGGCUGGACAGACUUAUCUCAGAGAAGAUGCAGGCGGAGCGUCCUGAUACCAUGCUGGGAAUUGUGAGCGGUGCACUGCAUGUGGCAGAUGUUAAUCUCAGGAACAGUGUUUCCAACUUUUUGCACUCUCUGGAAAGGGGGCAGGUGCUACCACCACACACGCUGCUCAACACUGUGGAUGUGGAGCUGAUCUAUGAAGGUACUAAGUACGUUCUGACAGUGACUCGUCAGUCUCCCAACUCCUAUGUGGUCAUCAUGAACAAUUCUUCUGCUGAGGUGGAUGUCCAUCGGCUUAGUGAUGGAGGUCUUUUGCUUUCAUAUGAUGGAAGCAGCUACACUACGUACAUGAAAGAAGAGGUGGACAGGUAUCGCAUCACAAUUGGGAACAAGACGUGUGUUUUUGAGAAGGAGAAUGAUCCCUCGCUGCUGCGGUCUCCUUCAGCAGGAAAACUCAUUCAGUACACCAUUGAGGAUGGCGGGCAUGUGUUUGCUGGCCAGUGCUACGCUGAAAUAGAGGUGAUGAAGAUGGUCAUGACCCUCACUGCAGCAGAGUCUGGUUGUAUUCACUAUGUGAAGAGGGCUGGAGCAGCAUUGGAGCCUGGCUGUGUCAUUGCCAAGUUGCAACUGGAUGACCCAAGCAGAGUGCAGCAGGCUGAGCUCUACACAGGGAUCCUGCCUUCUAUCCAGGCAGUAGCUUUGAGAGGAGAGAAGCUGCACAGAGUUUUCCAUAACACACUGGGUCAUCUUGUUCACAUGAUGAAUGGCUAUUGUCUACCUGAGCCUUUCUUCAGUGCUAAGUUGAAAGAAUGGGUGGAAAGGUUAAUGAAAACCAUGCGCGAUCCUUCUUUACCACUGUUGGAGCUUCAAGACAUCAUGACGAGUGUUUCAGGUCGCAUCCCCCCUGCUGUGGAGAAGGCCAUCAAGAAGGAGAUGGCUCAGUAUGCCAGCAACAUAACUUCUGUGCUUUGCCAGUUCCCCAGCCAGCAGAUUGCAAACAUACUGGACAGCCAUGCAGCUACUCUUAACAAGAAAUCAGAGAGAGAAGUCUUCUUUAUGAACACACAAAGCAUUGUUCAGCUGGUGCAGAAGUACCGCAGCGGCAUCAGAGGUCACAUGAAGGCUGUCGUGAUGGACUUGCUUAGACAAUAUCUAAAAGUAGAGAUCCAGUUUCAGAAUGGACACUACGAUAAGUGUGUCUUUGCACUGCGUGAGGAAAACAAGGGUGACAUGGCCAAUGUGCUCAAUUAUAUCUUUUCCCAUGCUCAAGUCACCAAGAAGAACCUACUUGUUACUAUGCUGAUUGACCAGCUCUGUGGCCGUGAUCCAACACUAACUGAUGAAUUGAUGGCCAUUUUAACUGAACUCACCCAGCUCAGCAAGACAACCAAUGCAAAGGUGGCGCUGCGUGCUCGGCAGGUGUUGAUAGCUUCCCACCUUCCCUCUUAUGAGCUACGACACAACCAGGUGGAGUCAAUCUUUCUCUCUGCCAUCGAUAUGUAUGGGCACCAGUUCUGCAUUGAGAACCUUCAGAAACUGAUCCUUUCAGAGACAUCCAUCUUUGACGUUCUCCCCAACUUCUUCUACCACAGUAAUCAGGUAGUCAGGAUGGCCGCCCUGGAGGUGUAUGUUCGGAGAGCAUACAUCGCCUACGAGCUCAACAGUGUUCAGCAUCGACAACUGAAGGACAACACAUGUAUAGUAGAGUUUCAGUUCAUGCUUCCCACUUCACAUCCCAACAGAGGGAACAUCCCCACUCUAAACAGGAAAAUGUUUCCUUCAGUCCUGGAAAAUCUUAAAGUCAUGGACACUAAAUUAGAGGAAACUAAGCCCCAGGACCCUAAAGCACCAGAAAAUGAAUCGCAGGAUGAUAAAGCUGAGAAGAAAAAUGCAUCAGAUUUGGAUACUGUGGACAGGAUGUCAUUCUCAUCCAACCUGAAUCACUACGGCAUGGUGCACAUGGCCAGUGUGAGCGACGUUCUGCUUGACACGUCUUUUACACCACCCUGCCAGCGCAUGGGAGCCAUGGUGGCUUUCCGCAGCUUCCAGGAGUUCACCAAGAACAUAACGGAUAUGUUGAGCUGCUUCUCUGACUCUCCUCCACAAAGUCCAACCUUCCCAGAAGGAGGCAAUCCCGUGCUGUACGGUGAAGAGGACAACAAGAGUAUCCAGGAUGAGCCUAUCCAUAUCCUGAAUGUUGCUAUAAAGACUGACAGCGACAUUGAUGAUGAUGGCCUGGCAGCUAUGUUCCGGGAAUUCACUCAGUCAAAGAAAUCUCUGCUGUUUGAACACGGCAUCCGAAGGUUGACUUUCCUCGUGGCUCAAAAGGAUUUCAGGAAGCAAGUCAACUGUGAGGUGGACCAAAGGUUUCAUAGGGAAUUUCCCAAAUUUUUCACAUUCCGUGCCAGGGACAAGUUUGAGGAGGACCGGAUCUAUCGUCAUUUAGAGCCUGCAUUAGCAUUCCAGCUGGAGCUCAACCGCAUGCGGAAUUUUGCUCUCACUGCCAUUCCAUGUGCCAAUCACAAGAUGCACCUGUAUCUGGGUGCAGCCCGAGUGGAGGUGGGCACAGAAGUUACAGACUACCGUUUCUUUGUUCGAGCCAUUAUCCGCCACUCUGAUCUGGUAACAAAGGAGGCCUCCUUUGAAUACCUUCACAAUGAAGCAGAGCGCCUGCUGCUGGAAGCUAUGGAUGAACUGGAGGUGGCUUUCAACAACACAACUGUGCGAACGGACUGUAACCAUAUCUUCCUCAACUUUGUCCCUACUGUCAUCAUGGACCCAUCAAAGGUCUGGGAAAAUAUUACCCACAAAUAUCUGAUUGACAGAGUAAAUUACUGCCACUGUGUUUGCUUCCUGCUAAUCUUUUCUUGUGAACUUCAGAUCGAGGAGUCUGUGCGCUCCAUGGUGAUGCGUUACGGCAGCCGUCUGUGGAAGCUUCGAGUCCUGCAGGCCGAGUUGAAGAUUAACAUCCGCUUGACUCCAACGGGGAAGCAAAUUCCCAUCCGCCUCUUCCUUACAAAUGAAUCUGGCUACUACCUGGAUAUCAGCCUCUACAAGGAGGUCACUGAUUCCCGAACGGGACAGGUGGGGCCCAAAGACCGACAGAUUAUGUUCCAAGCAUAUGGAGACAAGCAGGGCCCCUUGCAUGGCAUGCUCAUCAAUACACCGUAUGUUACCAAAGACCUGUUGCAGUCUAAACGCUUCCAAGCACAAUCUCUGGGCACCACCUAUGUCUAUGACUUUCCAGAAAUGUUCAGACAGGCUCUGAAAAAGCUGUGGCAUUCAUGUCAGGCUUAUGCCGACUUACCUCAGUGUCCUCUUCCUUCUGAGCUGCUCACAUUCACAGAGCUGGUUCUUGAUGCUCAAGGUCAGCUGGUACAGAUGAAUCGACUGCCAGGGGGCAACGAGAUUGGCAUGGUGGCAUGGCGGAUGACCCUGCGAACCCCAGAGUACCCAGCAGGACGUGAGAUCAUUGUCAUAAGCAAUGACAUCACACACAAGAUAGGCUCCUUUGGGCCCCAGGAGGACAUGCUGUUCCUGCGAGCCUCAGAGAUGGCUCGGGAAAGUGGCAUCCCCCGACUCUAUAUUGCGGCCAACAGCGGUGCCCGCAUCGGUCUGGCAGAGGAAAUCAGACAUAUGUUUCAUGUGGCCUGGCAAGAUCCAGCUGAUCCUUACAAGGGUUUCAAGUAUCUCUACCUCACACCUCAGGAUUACAAGAAGGUUUCAGCUCUAAACUCAGUGCAUUGCGAACAUGUGGAGGAUGAGGGUGAAUCGAGGUACAAGAUCACUGACAUUAUAGGUAAAGAUGAAGGGCUGGGUGUGGAGAAUCUGAGAGGGUCGGGAAUGAUUGCCGGAGAAUCCUCUCUGGCUUACGAGGAGAUCAUCACGAUGAAUCUGGUCACAUGCCGAGCCAUAGGUAUUGGAGCCUAUCUGGUGAGGCUUGGACAGAGGACCAUACAAGUGGACAACUCCCACAUCAUCCUUACUGGAGCUGGAGCCCUCAAUAAGGUGCUGGGCAGAGAAGUGUAUACAUCCAACAACCAACUCGGUGGAGUUCAGAUCAUGCACAACAAUGGUGUCACUCACUGCACUGUUUGCGAUGACUUUGAGGGAGUCUUCACUCUUUUGCAGUGGCUGUCCUACAUGCCCAAGUGUAAAUCUAGCCCAGUGCCCAUCCUUAAUGCCAAGGAUCCCAUAGAUCGACCGGUAGAGUUUGUACCUACCAAGGCUCCUUAUGACCCUCGCUGGAUGUUGGCAGGACGCCCCAGUCAGACUCCAAAGGGUUCCUGGCAGCUUGGCUUCUUCGACCAUGGCUCUUUCAUGGAGAUCAUGCAGCCGUGGGCUCAGAGUGUAGUGGUAGGCAGAGCCAGACUCGGUGGGAUACCGACUGGAGUUGUUGCUGUGGAAACCAGGUCAGUGGAACUGUCGAUCCCAGCUGAUCCAGCCAAUUUAGACUCUGAGGCUAAGCUCAUCCAACAGGCAGGACAGGUGUGGUUCCCAGAUUCUGCUUUCAAAACUGCUCAGGCCAUUAAGGACCUAAACCGGGAGGGCUUACCUCUCAUUGUGUUUGCCAAUUGGAGGGGCUUUUCUGGAGGGAUGAAAGAUAUGUACGACCAAGUGCUGAAAUUCGGGGCCUACAUUGUGGAUGGCCUGAGAGAGUACAAGCAGCCAGUAUUGGUUUAUAUCCCCCCACAGGCUGAGCUGAGAGGAGGCUCCUGGGUCGUUAUAGAUCCCACCAUCAACCCCCGGCACAUGGAGAUGUACGCCGACAAGGACAGCCGAGGUGGUGUGUUGGAGCCUGAAGGGACAGUCGAGAUCAAGUUUAGAAGGAAGGAUCUGGUCAAGACGAUGAGAAGAGUAGAUCCAGUCUACAUGGGCUUGGCUGAAAAAUUGGGAACCCCAGAGCUGAGCCCUCCUGAUCGCAAAGAGCUGGAAACCAAACUUAAGGAGCGUGAGGAGUUUCUUUUGCCCAUCUACCAUCAGGUGGCUGUACAGUUUGCAGACCUCCAUGACACCCCAGGUCGCAUGCAAGAGAAGGGGGUCAUCACGGAUAUCCUAGAAUGGCAGACAUCCCGUCAGUUCUUCUACUGGCGUCUGCGGCGUCUGCUGCUGGAGGAAACCGUAAAGAGGAAGAUCCAGGUGGCCAACAGCGAGCUGACAGAUGGGCAGAUCCAGGCGAUGUUGCGCCGCUGGUUUGUGGAGGCCGAGGGGGCUGUAAAGGCCUAUCUGUGGGAUAACAAUGAAGAAGUGGUGGCAUGGCUGGAGAGGCAGCUAGCUGAAGAAGAGGGUGCAAGAUCAGUCAUCGACGAGAACAUCAAGUACAUCCGCAGAGACCACAUCCUCAAGCAGAUUCGCAGCCUUGUUCAAGCCAAUCCAGAGGUUGCCAUGGAUUCUAUUGUGCACAUGACCCAGCACAUCUCACCUACUCAGAGAGCAGAAGUGGUACGUAUCCUGUCCACUAUGGAGACAUCAGCAUCCUCCUAGUGGGGGCCUGUCUUUGCCCAUGCUUGGCUUAAAGCCCAGCUUAGGCCAUAGUCAGACCUAAACAGAGCCUGGUUCAACCUGAUCUGGAGAUUGAGGCUAGAGGAGCCAGCAUGAUGACCCCUGGCAGCAGCCACGUUGUUAAUGAACCGCUGGCAAUGAUUCUCAGUAAUCAAGAGUUGACUGACAUCAUUUAUACCAUUUUGUAAAUGGCAGUACACAUGUGCUAGUAUUUAAGAUGAAUUUGUGUAUUUUGUACUGAAGUGCAAUUAAAAGAAUGACAAUAUAGAAAUAUCUAGUGAAUUUAAUUUAAUAAUACGUUUGGAGUUUACACAGAUGACUCGAGAGGAUGUCUAUGCUUCCAUGAUAAUCCAUGCUUUUCAACUGGAGUGUUCCCAAGUAUAAAUUAAACACACUGUUCUUAAAAAGACACCUAGGUUUGUGACAUACGCUUGCUAAGAUUUGCAAGCGUUUUGAUGACCAGCUCAACAGUGGCGACACAUUGCUAGAGGAGUUAGAAAGAAAGGGUUUUUUUACACUCCUAAGCAUGGAGCACUUAGUUACUGAACAAAGACAGAAUUGAACAGGGGAGCUCAGCAGGGAGCAGCAGAAAGGUCCCUUUUAAACCCCAACUAUUGCACAGUUACCCUGCAGUGAGCAAUGGGCAGCUCGCCUCACAACAAAACCACAGCUGUCCCCUUCACACAGUAAAUGCUGCUUUAGAGGCACUUUAGUGCUUACUGUUCCCUUACAUUGCAGCCAGAAUCAAGCCUGCAUUUGAAAUGUUACAUCUAGCAUACGUGCAAACAUAAAUGCACAAAGUGAAACAAACAGUAACGCACGGAGAGUUGACGAAAGCUUGAAUACGAAAUGAUAAUGGCACUAGACGGAGUUUAAAACGUAAGCUUGCUCAGAAAGGUCUUUUUUUUCCUCUUUUUUUUGACAGCUGUUGAGUCUUAAGUUACGCUUGUUCUAAAUUUAUGUUUUAUUUGUUUGAGUUUCUGUUUUUUUUUCUAAAGAGAUAUAUUUGAAUUAACAAUCAAAUGGCCAAUUUUUUUAAAAAUGUCUGUGAAAUGAUAAAAGCUACUGUUCACAUAUACGUUACAUUUUAACUGUAAUCAACUGUUGCUGAAGUUUUUACAUCUGGUGUAUGAAAUGUUGUUUAUUUUUACCAUUUAAACCAGUCUUCUGAAUCACAUAUUCCACUGUAUUUGUGUUAUGAUAGAAAGACAACCUGUUGUAAGGAACUGAGUACAUAAUGCUAAUAAUAACAACAGCUAAAGGGCACUACAUUGUUAAAUUUAGACUUUUAGAUCAUUGUGUCAUUAUAAUGCACUGCUGAAUACCAAUGUUGGCAAUGUGAAAUGGCUUCAUAGUUAUUGCUGUGCCUUUUCUGUGUGUGUGUGUUGACACCUGUACUGACAAGCUUCCCAGCUGCUUUCUAAGUAACUGGAUGUUUCCUAAUUGAAGACGGAAAAUAAUCUACACUGAUGACGAUGUGCUCUAAAUGUAACUUCAACUUUAAAUAAAGCUUACCCAACGUAG